AUGUCGAGAGAUAGUGUUGAAAACAAAAUAGAAGAAUUUUUAAGAGUAUUACACUCUAAUGCAUUCACACUUCAACGAGGACCUGUAAAAGUACCAUUACACUCAAAUCCUAAUACAGCAAAUGAAAAUCAAAUGAUUACAUUACCAACAACAUUAGAAGAUUUUUCAUUUAGUAAUUCAAAUAAUAAAAAUACUGAUUCAUGUAGAGUAGAAUUAAAAGAUGGAAUAUUGACACAAAUGGGACAAAGUAUUUCUUUAAAAGAUUGGGACGAAAUUUUUAAAAGUGCUGAUAAUUCUGAUUUUAGUACUAUAACACCUGCCAGUGCUCAAAGACUGUUAAAACUUUAUUCAUUGUCUACAAAUCGUCCAUUUCCUAUUAGUUAUUUCACUUCACAAUGGAAACACCCUCAAAGUCAAUUAAGAUAUUUGCAAUCAUUUGCUUUUAAUGGAGAUUUAUUACCAGAUGUUAUUGAGCCAUUAUGUUCAUUAUAUGCCUUAUCUAAGGCAAGUGUGAUUAGAACAUUAUUCUGUAUUCUACAAAGUAAUCCUGCUGCAUUUCCUUUAUUAGCUUCAAUUGAUUCACCACCAACAAUUAUUGCAUUAGGAAAAUAUUUUCAUUACUUACUUUCAUCAAAUAACUUCUUUCAAAUUGAACAAAUGCUACCAUUGUUUUCAUCAAUUACAUCAAAGGCAUUAUCAAAUGAAUUACAAUCUUCACCAACAAUGCAACAUUCUUUAAUUAAAUAUUUAUCUAUAACUAAAUCACCAUUAGAAACUAUUGAUUCAUUAAAAGUACGUGGUAUUGAAGGAACAAUCAUAGGAUUAAUGUUGGUUCAAGAUGAUGUUAUAUCAAUUAAGGGAUGGGCUUCAACAUGUGGAUGGGCUGAAGAAAUUGUAAGGUAUCAUUCUGAAGAAUUAAAGAAAGCAGGUAUUAGGGAUGAUAUAAUAAAACGAGCAGAAGAUGUCUUUGGAGGAGAGCAAAGUGAUUUUGUUGCUGAAAAAGUAUUAGAAGAAUUUAAAAAGAAUUAUAAAAAAUUUGGAGGAUUAAAUGAAGUAAUAAAGAUGAAAGGAACAAAAGAAUAUGAGUAUAUUAUGUAUUCAUUAUUGACUAUGUGUGAUAAAUCGUUUCAAAAAGAAGAAGAUGCUAUAUUUAUAGGAAGUAUUAUUGGAGAAAUUAUUGAUGAUAGUCUUCUUCCAGUACCUUUAGUAAUGCAUAUGAUGCGGUGUGUUAUUAAUGCCUUGAGAAUACCUGGAAAUCAAUUUGAAUUUGGUAUUGCAGCAUUAAAAAAAUUUAUAAGAAAAUUAAGACAGUGGAAAUUAUAUGGAAGAUUAAUUUUAGCUAAUAAAAGAUUACAAGAAAAACAUCCAGAACUUGUCAAUAAUAUUACAGCUCGUAGUGAUCAAAUUCCAUAUGUUUCAAAUGAAGAAGUUAUUAAUAGAAUAAAUGAAAUUAAACCAUUAAAUAAAGAAAUGCAACAAAUUAUGUUUAGUAUAUUAACUCUUGCAAAAGAAGAUUUAAAAAUGGCAUGUUCUCAAUUUGUUGCUUUUUGUAGACCUAAGGCAAUUACAUCUAUUGCUGAAGUAAUUGUUUAUCCUUGUUUGUCAAGACCAGAACUUAUUCCUAUUUAUCUUUCAUUAAUACAAGUUCAUCAUAAAACGUUUCAUUCCCAAUUACAAAGUUUUAUUACUCAAGAAGUUAAUCGCGUAAUAAAAAAAUUGUUAUCUCAACAACUUACUCCAGUUGAUGCUGUAAUAUUACAUCGUUCAGGAACAGUAAUUGGUAAAGUUACUUUAGCAAAUAACUAUCCAGUUUUAACAAGGGAUCUUUAUAUAAGAGAGCUUUUAGAAGAUUCAUUAAGUCAUACUUGGUGUUGUGAUGUUCUUCUCUUUGUUAUUAGAUUAUUAAAAGAAGCAAAAGGAAUUUUCAACAAACAAAAUCCCUGGAUGUCAAAAUUACUUUCAAUUCUUAGAGCAGUCUAUGAAGCCAUGCCACCAUCAACAUCUAUUCAUGGGGAUCUUCAUAAAUUACUAACACAAUUUCCAACAAAUAAUCUUGUUGAACUAAAAGUAGAAGAGAAAAGAAUUAUAGCAACAACAGAAGUUGCUGGAGAGUUAUUAGAUCUUGAAACAGUAGUAAAAAGAGGUAUUUCACAAAUAUUAUUAGAAAGUUAUUAUUCAAGAAAAAUAAAAAUUGAAGAAAGUAUAAAAAUAUGUCCAUGGGUUAUUACUUCAACAUAUAAAGAGUCAGAAUGGAAAUUAAUAUUCUCAGUUGUUGGUCAAUGUAUUGAGGAAGAAUAUCAAAAAACUAAAACCAAAGCUAUAGAGAGUGUUGUUUCAAUGAUUAAAAAUACUAUCAUUAGAGAUACUAAAAGAUCUCCAAGAGAAAUUUGUAAAAGAUGUAUUUAUCAAUUUGUUCAUUCAACAGGAAAAAAGAUUUUUACUAUUAAAGCACAACAAUAUAUUCCAAAGAGGUAUUAUGAAGAAAUGGAAAAAUGGAGAAACGCUUUUGAAGAAAAGAUGAAUGAAAAUGAAUUACCAGAAGAAGUUCAUGACAUUGCAUUAUUUACAAUUAUUAAGUCAAAUGAGUUAUGGAAAAAAUGGAUUAUACAACCUCAAAUAGAUCAAGUCAUUAAAGAAAUAGUUGAUAGUUGUGUUAAAGAAUCUAUUAAAAAAGGAAAUGAGGAAGUUGAUAAAAGAGAAAUAAUUGCUUUUGAUGAUAAAAUUAAUCAAUAUUUAACUCAAUCUCAAUUACUUGCAAAGUCUGUAUUAUUACCUUAUCAACAAAGUAUUUAUGAUGAUAUUGAAAUAAAAAAAGAUAAAUAUCAAGUGUGUCCUAAUAAAAAAGAACAUCCAUUGUUUAAAAGGAUUGAUAUUACUAAGACAAACACAAAUGAAUUAAAUCUCAUAAGCAAAUCUCUUGAUGCUGAAUGGAGUUAUAAUCUUUAUGUAUAUGUCGUAUUAGAAGAAUUAAGUGAUGAAAAUAAUAGUCUUGAAAUACCUUUGUUUAUUGAUCAUAUUUGUGGGUUAAUAAAAGAAAGUGUUUCAUUUAUUAAAUCUAUUGAUAGUGUAUAUGAAGGAUUGUAUUGGAUAUUAUUUAAAAAUCAGUCAAAUGACUUUAUUGAAAAACAAAUUAAAAGUAUUAUUUAUGCAUUCCAUUCUUUCUUUAUUACUUCUUCUUCAUCUGAACUAACAAAAAGAUCAUUUUAUUCUUGUCAUCAUAGAUUUUUAUUAAAUACUGAACCAUUACAAAUCCCAACAUUUGCCUUUUAUUGGAUUGAGUUUAUUACUCCUUCAUUUAUUUUAAAUAGAGUUGAAUACAAUCCAAAAGAAUUUACAUCACUAUUAGUACAAUUACUUAAAUUUAUCGUUGGAUUAAUUAGGAACGAAAAAGAAAUUCCAAAAUCAAUAUUAUUGUUAUACUCUACUACUCUUCGUCUUUUUGCUAUUCUUCGUCACGACUAUUCAAAUUAUAUUUCAUCAUAUUUUAUUGAUCUUAUCCAAUUUAUUCCAUAUAAAUUCGGUCAAUUACGUUCUAUAAUCUUAACAUCAAUCCCUUCUAAAAUUCCAUUUUCAAUGAAUAUUGCAUUUAAUGAAAAUGAAAGUGUUCGUGUUCAACCUUUAAUUCUAUCAGAAAUAUAUCUUCCACAACAAGCAUUAAUCGAUAUUUUUAUUUCAAGUGGAGAGGAAAAAUUUUUACCAUUCCUUCUUGAUUCUAUUCAACCUCAACACUAUCUCCCAUUAUGUGUUUAUUUAGCAAUUCAACGAGAAGAUAAAACUCAUAGUGAUGCUGUUUCUUUACUAUUAUAUUAUUUAGUAUUCAAUUUAUCUAUUGAAAAAAGAAAUAAUUUACUUAACGCAAUGGUUGAUAACCUCAGGUAUGCAAAUUCACAUACAUUAUAUUACAGUGUCAUUAUUCAAAUGCUCUUUUCUUCAGAUGAAAUAGUUGCAGAACAAAUAAUCACAAUUUUAAUUCAAAGGUUGUUGACGUCAAAACCAUUACAGCUGGGUGUUAUAGUAACAUUUAUGGAAAUUAUGAAUGUAAAAAGAUAUGACUUACUAAAUAAAAAAUUCAUGAAACAACACCAAAAAGUACUAAAUAUUAUAUUAAAACCAAAUUGA